UUUCUGAUCUCACACAAAAAUUCAGUUUGCCCGCGACCAGUGAAUCGCAACUGCCUCUUGCCCUCUCACACGCACCUUCCUUUCAUUUUACCGCAUUUGGUACACGCACGUCGACGGCCCACGCCACCCACUGCUACUCAACCAGCAUUCGCCUUGUUUGAAGCCUAAGCACAGGCAUCAUCCACGAUGGUCGUGGUCCAACCAGAGAAGCUGGUCUCACUGCAGCAGGCAGCCGAGGGCGUAAGAAAUAUCUGCAUCUUAGCUCACGUAGACCAUGGCAAGACGAGCCUCACGGAUGCGCUCAUCGCCACAAACGGUAUCAUUUCGCCCAAGCUCGCCGGCAAGAUAAGAUACCUCGACUCGAGACCAGAUGAGCAGCUGCGCGGUAUCACUAUGGAGUCAUCCGCCAUCUCGCUAUACUUUUCGCUGCUGCGGCGGUCCGCGCCUGAGGCACAGCCAGAACAAAAAGAGUUUUUGAUCAACCUGAUCGACUCGCCAGGACACAUUGAUUUCAGCUAUGAAGUCUCAACAGCAUCGCGUCUCUGCGAUGGCGCCGUCGUGCUUGUAGACGCGGUAGAAGGUGUCUGCAGUCAGACCGUCACGGUUCUGCGGCAGUCCUGGAUCGAGAAACUCAAGCCUCUACUCGUGAUCAAUAAAAUGGACAGGCUAAUCACGGAACUAAAGAUGAGUCCAGGUGAGGCAUACACACAUCUGAGCAAGUUGCUCGAACAAGUAAACGCCGUCAUGGGCAGCUUCUACCAAGGAGAGCGUAUGGAGGACGAUCUCCGGUGGCGCGAGAAGAUGGAAGAACGUCUAAAUGCAGCAGCUGCCGAAAAGACUAACACAAACUCAUCUUCUGUAUUAGAGGAUGGCGACAGCAUUGACACUACCAACACUCCAGCAGAAUACGAGGAGAAAGAUGAUGAAGACAUUUAUUUUGCUCCAGAGAACAACAAUGUCAUCUUUGGCAGUGCCAUUGACGGCUGGGCCUUCACAGUAAAGCAGUUCGCUGGGCUGUAUGAGCGCAAGCUAGGUAUCAAACGCUCCGUCCUUGAGAAGGUGCUAUGGGGCGACUUCUACCUAGACCCAAAGACAAAACGAGUGCUCGGAUCCAAGCAUCUCAAAGGACGCCAUCUCAAACCCAUGUUCGUACAACUAGUCUUGGAGAACAUCUGGGCUCUGUAUGAGGCUACUACUGGAGGUAACAACGGGAAGGGAGAUCCUGCCAUGGUCGAAAAGAUUACAAAGUCUCUCCAUAUCAAACUCCCUCCUCAUAUUCUACGGUCGCGCGACCCUCGCGCCCUCCUGACAGCGCUUUUUGCAGCUUGGCUACCCCUCUCAACCGCUCUUCUGGUAUCCGUCACUGAGUACCUGCCUCCGCCAUCCAAAGCACAAGCUGAGAGGAUGCCCGAACUCAUUGACAGUUCUCCUGGUGCUGAUUACGUCGCCCCAGAGGUACGGGAUGCGAUGACGACUUUCAACACAUCCAAGGACGUUCCUAUGGUGGCCUAUGUCAGCAAGAUGAUCUCGGUACCUGAGAGCGAAUUGCCGCAGAACAAACGACGAGGUGGUGCACUUACCGCUGAAGAGGCUAGAGAACUUGGACGGAAGAAACGCGCUGAGAUAGCCCGUCAGCAAGCCAUCGCAAAUGGUGAGAAUCCCGAUGUUGGUAGUAUCACUGAUGCCCUCAGCUCUGCUGCUAUUGGUGAAACCGAAACUCCCGAGGAACAGACACCUCAGACGAACGAAGACGCGGAGCAUCUCAUAGGUUUUGCUCGAAUCUUCUCGGGCACCUUAAACGUCGGCGACGAAGUGUAUGUCCUGAACCCAAAGUUCACACCCGCAAAUCCACACGCCGCUCCAGAGCCUAAGAAGGUCAAGAUUACCGCGUUGUAUCUUAUGAUGGGCCGCGGUCUGGAGCCUCUGACUACGGUUCCUGCUGGUGUUGUUUUUGGUAUUGGUGGACUUGAAGGUCACAUACUCAAGUCGGGAACGCUCUGUUCACAGUUGCCCGGAUCGAUCAACCUCGCUGGUGUUCAAAUGGGCACCCAACCCAUCGUUCGUGUUGCGCUCGAACCUGAGAAUCCAUACGAUUUGGACAAGAUGAUCAAGGGUCUGAAGCUGCUUGUGCAAAGCGACCCUUGCGCCGAGUACGAGCAACUCCCGAGUGGAGAACACGUCAUUUUGACAGCAGGCGAGUUGCAUCUUGAGCGAUGCAUAAAGGACCUUAAGGAACGUUUCGCCAAGUGUGAGAUACAGGCUGGCGAACCCAUUGUACCUUAUAGGGAGUCGACAGUAGCGGCUGAGGAGAUGAACGCCCCCAAAGACCCGAAUCUGCCACGAGGUACCGUCAUCGGCGUCACUGCAAGCAAGCACGUCUCGGUCCGUCUGCGGGUACGACCUCUACCUCCAAGCGUGACAGAGUUCUUGAGCAAGAACGCGGGUGCUAUCAAGAGGCUGUAUUCUGAGGCCAGGACAGAUGCAGAUCCUCAUCCAGAGGUCGCUGGCGGCGAACAAGAUGGAAUGGAGGAAGCGGAGCAACGAGAGAUUGGACAAUCGCUGAGUCUCGUCGACUUCAAGAAGCAAUUGAACGAUGCUUUCGCCGAAGCAAAGGGUCAGAAAGAGAUAUGGACAGACGUCAUUGAGAAGAUCACAGCCUUCGGACCACGGAGAAUAGGACCAAAUAUCUUAGUCGACACCACCAGUGCCGGUAUAUGCGGCAAGGCGCUACGCGAAUCCGCCUCUCCAGACGCCGACGCCACCCCCGAUCGCUCUACAACCGCCCACACCUUCGCCUCAACCAUAACAUACGCCUUCCAGCUCGCCACCGCUCAAGGACCGUGCUGCGCCGAGCCCGUCCAAGGUAUCGCCGUCUUCCUCGAAGACGUGAACAUCAGCAUCCCCGAAGGCGAAGAGAACUUCCUCGCCCAAGACCGCGGUCGUCUUACCGGCGAAGUCAUCAAAGCCGUGCGCUCCUCCAUCCACCAAGGCUUCCUCGACUGGUCCCCCAGAAUGCUCCUCGCCAUGUACAGCUGCGAGAUCCAAGCCUCCACCGACGUUCUGGGCAGGGUAUACGCCGUUCUGACACGCCGUCGCGGCACAAUUCUCAGCGAGACAAUGUCCUCUUCCAGCGCGUCGACGACGGGAAAUCAAACAUUCACUAUCAGCGCGCUGCUCCCUGUUGCAGAGUCCUUUGGCUUCAGCGACGAGAUCCGCAAACGCAGUUCGGGCUCUGCGUCGCCGCAGCUGCGCUUCGCGGGUUUCGAAAUGCUGAAUGAAGAUCCCUUCUGGGUGCCGUUUACUGAGGACGAGCUGGAGGAUCUGGGUGAGUUGGCGGAUCGCGAGAAUGUCGCUAGGCGGUAUAUGGAUAGGGUUAGGCGGAGGAAGGGGCUGCUUGUGAGGGAGGUGUUGGUUAGGGAUGCGGAGAAGCAGAAGACGCUGAAACGGUAGAGUGGCUGUGGUGAACGGUGGUUGUAUUGGGAUAAAAUGGAAUGACGAUAGAUGUGCAGGGCACGUGAUACGUUGGGGAGAUAUAAAAGUCGCUGGUUCUCAUACUGUGUUCUCCUUCUUCCUGUAUCUAUCUUUUUACGUCUACUUCCCUAUUUUCAAAGACUGAAUGUCGUGGUUCUAUGGCUCGUUUCGUCU